AUAUUGCGUGCUCUCCAUAAUUUCAAUCUCUAAAUUUCAAAAUUCCUACAUAAAUAAAAGAAAAUAAAAAAGAAUAAUAAGAUGAAUACAAAAUAACUCCGUACACAGCUAGCUUACUAUCAUCACAUUUCGAGCAAACAUCCAUGGAGGAAGCAUCAUCAUAUUCCCACGAAAUUCAAGCUCCUCUAUUACCAAAUCUUCCGUUAAGUUCAUCAGUCCACCACGAAAAUGCCGAAGAGUUGGAAGAACAAUCUCCGAUCAGACAGGUGGCGCUCACCGUCCCGACAACCGACGACGAAACCCUCCCGGUACUCACGUUCCGAAUGUGGGUCCUAGGAACACUCUCCUGCGUGGUACUCUCAUUCCUCAACCAAUUCUUCUGGUACCGAACCGAACCGUUGACCAUCACGGCGAUCUCGGCGCAGAUCGCCGUGGUGCCGCUAGGUCAACUCAUGGCAGCUAAAAUAACCGAAAGAGUAUUUUUCCGCGGAACGAGAUUCGAGUUCACCAUGAAUCCAGGGCCAUUUAACGUGAAAGAACACGUACUCAUCACGAUUUUUGCGAACUCCGGGGCCGGUUCGGUUUACGCGAUUCAUGUUGUGACCGGUGUGAAGAUUUUUUAUGCGCGUCACAUCACGUUCUUUGUGUCGUUGCUCGUUGUCCUAACGACUCAGAUACUGGGGUUCGGAUGGGCUGGUAUAUUCAGAAGGUAUCUGGUGGAGCCAGCGGCUAUGUGGUGGCCUGCUAAUCUUGUUCAGGUCUCGUUGUUCAGGGCUCUCCAUGAGAAAGAAGAAAGGCCUAAAGGCGGAUUAACUCGAACUCAAUUUUUCCUGAUCGCCUUCAUUUGUAGCUUCGCUUACUACGUCUUCCCUGGCUACCUCUUUCAAAUGCUAACCUCCCUUUCUUGGGUCUGCUGGAUCUUCCCCAAAUCAGUUCUAGCACAGCAACUUGGCUCCGGUCUCCACGGGCUUGGAAUAGGAGCCAUUGGCCUCGACUGGUCUUCCAUCUCGGCCUACCUUGGGAGCCCCUUAGCCAGCCCGUGGUUCGCCACUGCCAAUGUAGCUGUGGGAUUUUUUCUAGUCAUGUAUGUUGUGACACCUAUAAGCUACUGGUUCAAUUUUUAUAAGGCCAAAAAUUUCCCAAUAUUUUCUGAUGAACUCUUCACUGUCACUGGCCAAAUUUACAAUAUUACAACCAUCAUUGAUGAUAAUUUCCACCUGGAUUCCGCGGCUUAUGAACGUGAGGGGCCUCUCUAUCUGAGUACAUUUUUCGCUAUGACUUAUGGCGUUGGAUUUGCAGCUCUGUCUGCGACUGUUAUGCACGUGUUUCUAUUUCAUGGAAGGGAGAUAUGGGAGCAGAGCAGAUCGAGUUUUAAAGAAAAGAAAAUGGACAUACACACGAGACUUAUGAGCAAAUAUAAACAAGUCCCGGAGUGGUGGUUCUGGUCCAUCCUGAUUGCCAACAUUACACUUACAAUUUUCGCCUGUGAGUAUUACAAUGAACAACUUCAACUGCCUUGGUGGGGUGUACUGCUAGCUUGCGCGAUUGCCUUCUUUUUCACUCUGCCUAUAGGAAUCAUCACUGCCAUUACUAACCAGGCUCCAGGCUUGAACAUCAUCACAGAAUAUAUCAUUGGAUACAUCUAUCCAGGGUAUCCGGUUGCUAAUAUGUGCUUUAAAGUGUAUGGUUACAUAAGCAUGUCGCAAGCAAUCACCUUCCUUCAAGACUUUAAACUCGGUCACUACAUGAAAAUUCCACCUCGGACUAUGUUCAUGGCACAGAUAGUUGGGACGCUUAUAGCAAGUUUAGUGUACUUGGUAACAGCCUGGUGGUUAAUGGAAACUAUCCCUGACAUUUGUGCAACUGCAUCUUCUGGUGGCACUGUGUGGACUUGUCCAGGAGAUCAUGUAUUCUAUGAUGCAUCUGUUAUAUGGGGGCUAAUCGGGCCUCGUAGAAUUUUUGGAGAUUUAGGCACUUAUGCAAUGGUGAAUUGGUUCUUUUUGCUUGGAGCAAUUGCUCCUGUUUUUGUCUGGUUAGCUCACAGGGCAUUCCCCGAUCAGGAGUGGAUUAGGCUCAUAAACAUGCCCGUUUUAAUAGGCGCCACAGGGCAGAUGCCACCGGCUACUGCAGUCAACUACGCUGCAUGGAUUAUGGUGGGAUUUUUAUCAGGAUUUGUAGUCUACAGAUAUAAACCAGAGUGGUGGCAACGACAUAAUUAUGUUCUUUCUGGUGCGCUUGAUGCUGGACUGGCUUUCAUGGGAGUGCUAUUGUAUCUAUGUUUAGGAUUGGAAGAUAUUGGUCUUAAUUGGUGGGGUAAUGAACUUGAUGGAUGUCCUUAUGCUUCCUGUCCGACAGCUCAAGGGAUCGUAGUCGAUGGCUGCCCCGUGGUUAUGUAGCCCCGUAUAAGACUCAAAGUCACGCGUGUUUUUCAUUGUGGCUUCUCUUUGUAUAAAUAGUACUGUCAUUUGUACUCUUUUUUUUUCUUGUAAUUGUUUCCAGUAAAAGAAUUGUGUAAAUUACUAUCAGUUGAUUCUUGAACAAA